AUAUCAGAAAAGAGCAAGCCAAAGACUUUCAACAUGACGAUGGAAAACACGUUCGACCAAACGGCAACGGAAACGAUUGAUCUACUCGAAGCGCGACUACGAAGAAUCGAGUUCGCGAUUUCUGGUCAGGUCGAGUCCACGUCGAGCUCCAACAAUGCGAUUCCGGCAACGCAGAGACUGGCCACUUUGGAGCACUCUCUUCACCAAUUGGCGUCAAAAUCCCGCGUAAUUCAAGAGCUUCUCAAACUCCACUCCAAAUACCCUGACCUCUUCCAAGCACCAAAUACUCAAGAUAUACCCACAACACUCGACACCACCACCCUCCUCUCUAUCGUCAUGGCAUCCGCAAGUGCCUACCCCUCCACUUCUUCCCGCCUCACCUCCAUCAUGGACGUGCCUGUCCCGCCCGCAGAGCUAUCUACUCAGCUCAUCGACCUGCAGCCGCGGAUCGCGAAGGUGGAAGCCCUACAAGCUGCUCACAAUACGGAUAUUGCUAAGCUGAGGGAACGUAGUGCUGCGGUAAUUCACAGGUGGUAUACGGCGGAUAUUUUGGGCGCUGGGGAUAAGUGGGCGGAUGUUGAGGGAAGGGUGGAGAGGGUGGAGCAGAGGGUUAGGAGAGUGGCUCUCGCGAAGAGGGCGGAUGAUGCAAUGGUUUGAGGAUAUGAAUCGCUUCUUUGGCAAAGAGCUCGUUAUUAUGGGAAUUAUAGAAGCCCAAGAUGGUGGCUAUACCAGAAGUAGUGGUCGGAUUCUGGCUUGGUCGUUGGGAUUGCCCACAGGAAAGAAGGAACAGGUGACUUGAGGCCGAAAUCAUGCAUUCUCCCUCAGAGUACAGUCUGGAUUUUAGAGUUGGUGGUCAUUGGGGGCUAUGAGUCACCGACUGUGAGAAGCGGGGAUUUGAGCAUGGGAGGCAGUAAAAGCCUCUGGCUAAGGGCAGCGAAACCGAGGACCUAUCAUUGCAUUCGAGCUCUGUGAACAAUACUCGAUCUGCGGAGAAUGUCUUCUACCAAACUCGUCGAGCCGCAAUCAAUUCGCGUCUCUGUGUCUCCUUGAGGUAGAUAGACUGAAGGACGAGUAUGAGAAUCAUCUAUGAACAAGUAGUACCUUCCCAAAAUCGCAAUGUC